AAUUACAACCCAUCCCAUUUUUCUUUAAAGUGGUCUAAUAAAGAUGACCUAAACUUCGCUUAAUCACUAGCAAUUGUAGCAUUACAAUGAGAGGGCUCCCCCUUUGCUCUCCCCAAUGCCUUUCCGGGCCCAUCUUCGUCGCGCUACUAGUAUGCCUGUUCGUGCCACCUCUUGCCAUGUCAGCAGGCCUGACCUAUCCUAAACAACAAGAGAGAGAUAGGAUCAUAAAACUCCCGGGGCAACCAUCGAACGUGAAAUUCUCGCAGUACUCGGGCUACGUCACCGUGGACGCGAAGGCGGGCCGGGCCCUUUUCUUUUGGUUGGUGGAGGCGAGCAAGAAGCCCGAAUCAAAGCCGCUAGUCUUGUGGCUCAAUGGCGGGCCGGGCUGCUCCUCCAUUGCUUAUGGAGCAUCCGAGGAAAUCGGCCCGUUUCGUGUCCGGCCCGAUGGCCGGACCCUCUCCUUGAGCCCCCAUGCUUGGAAUAAAGUGGCCAAUUUGUUGUUUCUUGAUUCACCAGCUGGUGUUGGCUUUUCAUACUCAAAUUCUUCAUCUGAUCGAAGAACUGGUGACAAAAGAACAGGAAAUGAUGCCUAUAAAUUCUUGAGAAGGUGGUUUGAAAGGUUCCCUCAGUUUAAGUAUAGAACUUUCUACAUUGCUGGUGAAAGCUAUGCAGGUCAUUAUAUUCCCGAGCUAUCGAAGAUCAUCGUCGAUCGUAACAAAGGCGUCAACAACCCCAUCAUCAACUUCAAAGGUUUCUUGCUUGGGAAUCCGUUGAUCGACGAUUUUUACGACAACAUCGGGACGUUUGAGUUCUGGUGGAACCACGGAUUGGUCGGGGACUCGACCUACGCUCAACUGAACGAGUCGUGCCCCCGCGACUCGUUCCUCUUCCCUUCAGAUGAUUGCUACACAGCUCUAUCCUCGGCUUACUCCGAAUUCGGAAACAUCAAUCCCUACGCCAUCUACCAAAGCCCUUGUGAUCAGCUUGCCACCCUCAACAAAGCUCCCUUGCCUUGGAAGUUUAGAGGGAACGAUCAAUGCGUUGUCAAGUACACGAAAUUGUAUAUGAAUAGAGCAGAUGUGCAAAGGGCUUUACAUGCCAACAUAACUGGAAUCCCUCACCCUUGGGCCACCUGCAGUGACGUCAUAAGAGGGGGAUGGACGGAUUCACCCAGAUCAAUGCUUCCAAUUUUUCAGCAGCUUAUAAAUGCCGGCCUCAGAAUAUGGGUAUUUAGGUAA